AUGGAGUCAACAUUUAUUAUCAAUAUGAAUAAACGACACAUGGGAGAGCCAAAGCAGGACGACGAUCAACAACCACAACAACCAAGACGUAAAAGGAAUCGUAUUUCAUUAACUUGUAUCAAUUGCAAAAAGCGUAAAAUCAAAUGUGAUAGAGGCAAACCAUGUACAGCUUGUAGUAAAUAUGGAUCUAUAUGUGAAUAUCCAGAUAUGAUAUGGUCAUCUCAGCUGAGUACAAUGACUCAGAAUGGUGCAAGUUUUGGUGUACAUUCGUUCCCCCAAGUACUGCCCCAACCACAACAACCACAACCACCACCACAACAACAACAGCAACAAAAACAAGUAGUGACUGAAUUAUCAUUUCUUAAGAAUAAGAUUAAAGAGAUUGAAAAAUCAUUAGGAUCAAGAUCAGCUGAUAUGUCAUCAGAAGAUGGUAGUGUUAGUGGUAGUGGUAGCGUCACAAGUGAAGGUCCGAUUAGACUCCCUCCAAUAAGAAAAUUAGCAUUCAAUUGGAAUGAAUAUAAAUAUGACCCAGAUAAUAAUCCAACAUAUGUAGGUAUAAAUCUAUAUGCCAAUGAUGAAGAAACAAUCAAUUUCUAUGAUGAUUAUACUCCAAUACACAUGCAAGAUGAAGUAAGAAGACACAAUUAUGGACCCCUUGCCUGGUUUUCAAUCCUAAAGAAAGACCCAGGAUUACGAAUGCUUUGGGACCAUCUCCAAAGUGGCUGGGCACAACCCCAUGGGGAUGAAUGUCCAAUGGCGGUCGAAAAUGCCAAACUAGCGGCUGCUUGCCGACCGGGAACAAUAUCACCUCCUGAUACAGCUGCCACUCAUGCGGAAGCAGCAGCAGCAGGUGUGUGUCAUAUGAAUAGUUUGGACGAGACUUUUAGAGAGAAGUCAUUGGAGCGAGAUGGACAGAAGGAUAUCCGAUUAUAUGGAAAUGUAAGAGAGGUUAAUAAGCUACGUGAGGAGCUGACUCCAGCUCGAGCAUUGAAACCGUGUGAUAUGAAACUGUUGCAACGAGUGGAGAUGAAUAAGAAUGCACUUACACUUGGAUUGACAUUCUAUGAAGGGAAGAUUGAUCGAUAUAUGGAAUUAAUUGAGAAGAUUUCAUUGAUAUUACCACCAAGAAAAGUUAUUUGGACUUUAAUUGAUAAAUUUUUCCAAUCAGUAUAUCCAUAUAUGCCAUUCAUCGAUGAAGGAUAUUUCAAAGCCGAAAUCUUACGAGUAUUAGGUCCAGAAGACAGCAACAACAACAACAAUGACAGAAAAUCAUCAAUCAAAGUCGAACGAAGAUUAGACUUCGCAUAUAUCGGAACCCUUCUUAUCGUAUUACGUCUAACCUACCUAUCCCUCUUCUCCAACAAUCCCAAUGUCAAUGAACACAACCUCAACACCUCCGAUCCAUCCCCACAAGCACAAGAACUCAAAUAUCUCCUCUCCAAUCCCAUCAACAUUGACGUCAUAAAUAUCGCCCGUCUAUGUCUUGAUCAAUUCGAAAUCAACCGGAAAUCAAACUUUGUCGUGCUUCAAUGUGCCUUCUAUAUGCGACUUUAUCGGAUGUUUGCCCCCGAAGAUGGGGAUGGAGCCGAUGGUGGAGAUUCACAGGUUUUUAAUGGGAUGUUGGUCCAGAUGGCCAUAUCAAUGGGGUUGAAUCGAGAGCCGGAUAAUUUUGAUGGUGUUUGUAAGAAUGAGAGAAUGAAGAAUUUGGGAAGGAAGAUUUGGUUGUUUUUGAUUAUUAAUGAUUUGGUCCAGUCAUAUCAGUACGGGAACCCUAUGAAUAUUAGUGAGAAGAUGUAUGAUACGAAGUUGCCUUAUUAUAAGCCGGGGAAUGAGAAUGUUGAGGAUGUGGAGAUGGAAAAACAUGUUGUGAGCACGUUUGCGUAUUUUGAGAAGUAUUAUCAUAAAUUGACGGUGUUAUUGGAUAGGACAUUGGAUAUUAGGGAAAGGGUUACAAUGAAAGAAUUGACGAGGUUGAUUACGGAUUUUGAGAUUUAUUUGAAUGAUCAUUAUGGAUUGUUGAAGUUUUUCCUUGUGCCGUUUAAGCAAGAUAAUUAUUCUUAUCCUUUUAUUAAGGUUAUGAAGUGUAAGAAUUAUAUUAAUAUGAAGAUGUUUUUGAAUAAUAUAUUCUUUCAAUUAUAUUUAUAUUAUGAAAGAAAACAAAAUUUAGAAUUUGCCUAUUUUUAUUUACGGAAACUUCUUGCAAAUUUAUGUGGAGAAUUUAUCCCAUCAGUCAUGAGAUUAAUUUCCGAUAAUUAUGUUAAUUUUGGUCCAGUGGCCGAUUUAAUCCUAAAUCCAAGUCUUUUGGCCGCAAUCCACAAAACAUCCCAAUUUUGUUUUGCAAUCUUAAUAAGAUUAAAUUCAACAACCUAUAAAAUGAGAUAUGUCGAUCCCAUGGCACAUGAAGCUAACCUCAGACGGGGGCCAGAAUAUGCGAAAAGAUAUUUAAAACUUGUGAAAUUAUCAAAAUUAUUUGCCAGAAUUGCAAAAUAUUCAGUGGCAUCAAUUACAAAGUUAAGUCAACGAUAUUAUUAUGCUUGGAGAAUAGGGAAAGCCCAUGGAUAUGUCUUGUCUACGAUCCUCGGCACUGACUUCUAUGCUAAAUCAGCCAAUAAUCCAGUAUUAUUUUUGGAUUUGAAUGAAGAUCAAAUUAAUGAAAUUACCACGAUUGCUGAUGCAUUAGUUAGACAAUUCCCCGGAGGAACUUCUGUUAAGAAAGAAUACAAUCUUUCCCAAAUUCUCAAUGAUGUUGAAGAUCAGACCAUUCCGACACCUACUCCAUUGCCCCAACAGCUUCCGAUACCCGGGAAUAGGGUUGUCGGGAGUGCUAGUCCAUCAUUGUCAACUAUAUUGGGAGACACAUCCAAGACAAAUAAUAACGUCACUGAUCCAUCUACAGUAGAUUCUCAAUCUGGUGAGUCUGAAGAUUUUGGAUUUUUGCAAAAUGCAGAAAUCGAUAAUUUGUGGAAACAAAUGGCUGAACAAAUGAAAAAUCAAGAGCAACAACAGUCUCAAAUUCCUUCGAAUAAUGGUGGUGGUGGAGUGACUGGUGGUGAUAUUGGGGGUGCUACUGGACAGGUUGAUAAUGAAUUAUUGUUGAAUUAUUAUCCUGUGACUCCGUCGUCUUUCCCCAGUGCUAAUUCUAUACCAUCGACUGGAACGGGUGUUAAUCAGGCUUGGUUGAAUGGGCUUUCUUUGGAAGAGUUAAUGGGAUUCUCAAAAUGGUAG